GCAGAUCAUGGAACUCAAAAGCUUGAUCGUUCUUGGAGCAGCCCUGGUCGUCGCAUCAGGCGCUCGGGCGAGCUUUGUGCAAUGCGAGGACAGAAGCUUGUGCCCCGACGGCGCGACGUGCUGCAAGAUUGACGAUAGGACAUGGGGCUGCUGUCCUUACGAGUUCGGCCAAUGCUGCAAGGAUGGCCUGCACUGCUGUCCGUCGGGCUACAGCUGUGACGGUGCCAACAGCAGCUGCACCCACAAAGUCACUCAACAGGGGCUCUUCGGGACGGUGCUUGAGCGGGUCUCACCGCUUGCAAGAGCACAGCGCGAUGAAGUGUCCAGAGGAUCGUUGGCAGGAAAUGUCCGCUGCCCUGACGGAAACUACUGCCUCGACGGCCAGACCUGCUGCCUCCUCACGUCCGGCCAUUACGGUUGCUGUCCGUACGCGCAUGCGCAGUGCUGCAGCGACCACACCAGCUGCUGUCCCGAGGGAUACCAGUGCAAGGUAUCGACCCACCAGUGUGUCCACGCGACAAGCAACCACACCGUGGCCAUGGCGAAGAAGGUCGAUCCUACACUCUUGAGCGUGGCCAGCCCGCGUAACGCUGCUACAAACCUCGAAGCAUUCGUAAACCCAGCCAGCCACAGCAGCGUAGGAGAGACCGAGAACCCUGAGCUUAUCUACCCUGGGGACAUGUUUGUUGCCGAGGAGGAUGUGGAUGUCGGGAGUGUGUCUACGGUUGCCGGUGUGGGCAGGAAGGAGAAGGAUUUCAGAUUUCUCGGGGGAACAGACGAGACCCAUGCGUCCCGCUAUGGCCUCCACCUUAUCGGCGGCGGCCUGCAGUACGUCUUGAAUCUCACCGUCUGA